UCACUGAAAUCACCAAAUCACGUUUUUAAUUUUCCACGAAUUUUACGAAACCCUAAACUGAAUAAUUAUGGCUGAUAACGAAUUGGUCAGCUUAUUUCAAUCAAUUGGCUUGACAGAACAACGUGCUAAAGAAACAGCAAAAAAUAAGAAAUUAGCUCCCACUUUACAAGCUACGAUUGCAGAGGCUGGUAUCAGUGAAACAGGUUGUGAUAAAGCCGUUGGUGCAUUACUUUAUACACUUGCCUCAACUAUUACUAAAAAUGCAAAUAAGCAUUUGGGUUAUAUUACACGCGCAAUUAUUGAUAAAAAGUUAAAAACCGCUGAUCAGGUUGCUGCGGCUAUAAAAUAUACUGAAAAUGCGGGAGACGAAAUAAUUGAUACCGAUUUUGAUAAUGCUUGUGGAGUUGGUGUCGUAGUAACACACGAACAGAUUUCAAAUGCAAUAUCCUCGUUUUUGGAAUCUAAAAAGGAAUCUCUUAUAAAGGAUAGGUACAAACUGCUUGGGCCAUUAUUAGCUCAGGCGAGACAGAUUCCUGAAUUGAAAUGGGCCAAUGGUGUUACUGUCAAAGAGGAAUUGGAAAAACAGGUUGCCGCGUUGAUUGGACCUAAAGAUGAGAGAGAUAUGACCUCUAAGGGAAAGAAAAAGGAUACUGAUAAGAAAAAGUCAGACGUGAAAGUAUCAGGGUCUAAUUCAAAUAAAUCUGAACAAAAUAGUGUUCCAAAUAUGUUCUUAGAAGGGGAACUAGCCAAGCUACAUAAGCCUGGUGGCAAUCCACAAAUAAAAUCUGAAUUAAUGAAACAACACUUAAAGGAAACUAGUGGUAAAGUGCUUACUCGAUUUCCUCCUGAACCAAAUGGUUUUUUACACAUUGGCCAUGCUAAAGCAAUAAAUGUGAAUUUUGGAUAUGCAAGAGCUCACAAUGGAUUAUGUUAUCUCAGGUAUGACGACACAAAUCCAGAAGCUGAAGAAGAAAUAUAUUUUACUUCCAUUAAGGAAACUAUAGAAUGGCUGGGGUUUACACCAUGGAAGAUCACUUAUUCUUCAGAUUAUUUUGAUAAUCUAUAUGAGUUAGCAGUUGAGUUAAUAAAACGGGACAAAGCUUAUGUGUGUAGUUGUACACCUGAAGAGAUGCAUGAGAUGCGUGGAGGAGAUGAUGGUGGUGAACGUAGAGAAUGUGUGCAUCGUAAUCGUCCAAUUGAAGAAUCAUUGACUGAAUUUGAGAAGAUGAAAGAAGGACGCUAUAAGGAAGGUCAAGUAACUCUUCGUAUGAAAAUGGAUAUGCAAAGUGGGAAUCCUCAAUUCUGGGAUUUAGUCGCGUAUCGCGUUUUAAAUACCCCCCAUCAUAGAACUGGUGAUACAUGGUGUGUUUAUCCGACUUAUGAUUAUACACAUUGUUUAUGCGAUUCAUUUGAAAACAUCACUCAUUCACUUUGUACCCUCGAGUUUCGCAUGUCGCGUGAAUCAUAUUAUUGGCUUUGUGAUGCACUUGAAGUUUAUAAGCCUAUUCAGUUUGAAUAUAAUAGAUUAAAUAUUAAUAAUACAAUAAUGUCGAAACGAAAAAUUGCCAAACUUGUUGAUGAAGGAUAUGUUAAAGGAUGGGAUGAUCCAAGAUUAUAUACUUUACCAGCAUUACGUAGACGCGGAGUUCCUCCUGAGGCAAUAAAUGGAUUCGUUCAAGAUCUUGGUGUUACUACUUCAAAUUCUACCAUUCAAGUGUCACGUUUUGAAAAAUAUGUUCGUGAUUAUCUUGAUGUUCACGUGCCAAGGUUGAUGUUAGUUGUGGAUCCAAUCAAGAUAAUCAUCGAAAACUUACCUGAUGAUUAUAUAGAGGAAUUAACCAUUCCUUUUAAACCAAAAGAUCCUUCUAUGGGCGAGCAUGUCGUUCCAUUUAGUAAGAUCGUCUAUAUCGAUAAAUCAGACUUCCGAGAACAGGAUUCUCCAGAUUAUUUCCGACUUGCUGUUGGUAAAACAGUAGGUUUAUUAUAUGUGGAACAUUGUAUUACUUGUACUGACUUAAAAAAAGAUUCAGAAGGAAAUAUUGAAUAUUUAAUUUGCCGAUAUGAAAAAGGCCCGGAUGUUAAGAAGCCUAAAACAUAUAUUCAAUGGGUAUCAGAAUCAACAAAACAUCGGUCACCUAUUCGUUUAAAUGAAGUUAGAAUUUAUAAUAAUUUCUUUAUGUCAGAAAAUCCUUUGGCGCAUCCCGAAGGUUACUUAAAAGAUAUUAAUCCCGAUAGUUUAAAAUUAGCUACAAAUUCUUUAAUCGAAAUUGGAUUAAAUCAAGUCAUUUCAAAAUCUUUUGAGAAUUCAAAGAAAGAAUUUGAAACUGUUAGAUUUCAAGCUAUUCGUGUUGGAUAUUUCUGUCUCGAUAAAGAUUCUCUUAUUAAUGAUGAAACAGAGAAUAAAUAUAUUCUUAAUAAGAUUGUUUCGCUAAAAGAAGAUCCUAAAAAGAAUUAAAUAAAGAUAAAC